UGUAUCCGAAAGGUCUCGAUAUUCCAAAAGAUAUCACUCCUCCAGAAGGCAAUUGCUUUAAGUUUUCCUUAUUCACUAGUGGAUUUCUUUGGUAUAAAUGUACCAAUCAUACAUGGGUACCCAGUGAAGCUCGCCUAUUAUAUUUUAAUGAUCAAAAUGAUACAUCUUCCUAUCCAUGCUCAGCCGUGGCUUCUACAUUCAAUGUCCCAGCUCCAGGUUCGGGUAUUAGAUCGAUUAUUCCAAAAGAUAAUUCAUCAUUGGUUGUAACUACUGUUGCUGAACAUCCGACACAUGAUUCGAAAGAUCUUCCUUGGGCACUUGGAAAAGCUAGCGAUAAUGAAGGAGAAGAAGCGUUCGAAGAUAUUACCUUUCUCGUUCGUGUCAAUACUUGCGGCGGAGUUGUUCCAUCAAAUGUGAAAUGCGGAUCUGACUGUUCAGAAGGUCAUAUUUACAGCACAAUAUUUUCCUCAUUAGUCUUAUUCUAUCAUCAUAGUAAAUAA